UUUCCGUGCUGUGAGCAUGCUUAUAGUGCUUUACUGCUUGAUCCUCGUCUGAAGAGGUAAAUUAACUGAUUCAGUGCUUUCGCGUCAAGCUCGUCUUUAACGUUUCGCGACUCCACGCUGGUGCAACUUGUAGAAAAGAAAAAGAGAGAGAGACAGCCGCUCUUCGCAAUGCCUCGCAUCAAGUACAUCGGCUACCCGUCCCCGUACGUUGGCAAGCACUUGCUCUGGCUGCUGGGAAACCUCAAGAACUUCGGCGUCGGUCGCGUCGUCACUCGGACCUCAUUCGAGCGGUACCCGGAGCCCUCGUACUACAUCAUCACAAAGGUCCGGCCGCACAUGGACGAUGCCAACCAGUACGGCGACGUCUGGGCCGACACGGUGUUCCGGGGCCGACGACUCGGCGUCAUCCAGCUGGAGUCGCCCCAGGUUCCCGACUACAAGCUGGUGCCCAGGAGCGAGGAGGCGCGACUUUUGUCGCUCCCGGUCGUGGACCCCGUGCCUAAGGUCCUGCCCCGCUACCUCAAGAUGCCGCCGUUGAUGCGCAUCAUCGUCGAACGAGACCUCAAGGCCAAGGGAGUCGUCGAGGAGGCCAAGUUGAAGGCUGUGUACUCGAGCUCCUACGUGGGGGCCUACCGCAUCGCCGAAGAAGGUGAGACGCCGGACGUCGAGCACACCGACAUGAAGAACUACAUCACCGACAAGUUUCGUCAGGGCGUCAAGCAAAUUUAGGACUUCCCUUUUAUUCACCUCGUUGCACCCGUGUACAUAAACUCGUAGAUGUAUAUUGAAUACAAAGUCUAUAAAAAAAAAGUCGUAUGUG